UUGAUAGUGUCAGGAAGGCGGCAGUGCUAGAUGAGAACAAUGAGAUUAGAGCUGGAGCCGCAGUAGCCUUUAUCGAGGAGAAUAACACCACAGUUGUCAAGAUUGCAUGGCUUAGCAGUAAGGAGAGUACGAAGGCCUAUAGUUCUGUGGCUUCUGGCCGACAGAGAUUAGCUAUAAGGCAUUCCAAUGCAAGAACGCCCAGAAAUGCGCGAAAUGCACCAAAGAAAGCCACCACCAUAGCAAUUAUUAUAAAACGGUCCUUAAGUGUGUUCUAUGCAGAGGCCCAUAUAAAUCAUAUAGCAAAAACUGUCGGAAGUUCUACCCUAACCCCAAGUGAGGAUGAUUCAAGGCCGACUCUUGACAACCCUAAUGGGACAUCACAAAUAAACGAAGAUAGUCCCUUCCACAUGGAGAGAAGGCAAAUUAAUAAGGAUGUAGAAGCGGAACAAGUGCCGAUAGAAUCUCUGGAUCUGACAGCAGCGGUCAUUCGGCUUCCCGAGCGUUUGAUUUUUAUGGCAUCAGUCUAUAUGGAGGGAGGAGAUGCCCAGGCUUUGCGUGACACGUGCAAUCACCUACGCAAGGCAAUCACAAAGUCUACUGAAAUAAGGCACAAAAACAUG